ACCAAACUUUGAAAUUCUCCCGCUCGGUCUGCAAAGCAGAGUAAAGAGAACAGAAGCAGUCAUGGCUUCUGCGUCUUUGUCUGAGGAUCUGACUUGUUCUAUUUGUUUGAGUGUCUUCACUGAUCCAGUCAUCCUCCUCUGUGGACAUUCAUUCUGCAGAGAAUGCAUCACACUCUCUCUGGAUAAACAGCAGCAUUGUCCACAUUGCCGCACACCUGUGCCGACAGAAGGAAACUAUCUUCUAACCAAUCACAUCUUAAAAAGUCUUGCUGAAAAAAGCAAAGAAGCUGCCAAGUUGAAAAGGGAAUACAGAAAUGAGAAGGAGGAGACUGAAUGGUUUUGCCUCGAACAUGAGGAAAAGUUGAAAUUAUUCUGCGUCACAGACCAACAGUUGACCUGUAUUAUCUGCAGAGAUAGUGAGAGACAUGAAGAGCACAAGUUUAAACCAGUCAAAGAAGCAGCUGCGUCUCUGAGGAAGGAUCUGGACAUGUUCAUGCUACAGGUCUCUGCUGAUAUCAGAGGUCUGGAGGGCAUAGCCAACACACAGAGAGAAGAAAUGAUCAAGACAACAGAGAGCUGUAACCAGCUGAAGACCCACAUUAACACCCAGUUUGAGGAAAUGCACAUGUUUCUGAGAAAAAGACAAAAGGAGAUAAAUGAUGAACUGAAAAACAAAGAAGAAGAUGCUCUCAAGAAGAUGAGAUGGAGGUUGAAUAGUCUAGAAACAGCUUUGUCUGAGAAUAGAGAGCUGGAAGGAAAUGUGGCGUCUAUUCUGGAAAACAAAGAGACAGAGAGGUUUUUAGAGACCUGGACUGAUGACGACACGACAAAGACAGCGAAGAAUACCUUCAAGUCGAAGACAGAAAACUUCCAAGUGGAAAAAGCCUCCAUUUCUCUGGGGCCUUAUGAAAGUCACCUGCAGUUUUUUGUGUGGAAGGAGAUGCUUCAGGUCAUCAAACCUCGGGAGGAAAUGCUGUCACUCAGAAAUGAUGAUACAAGUUUGUGUGUGUCCGAAGAUCAACGAAGUUUGAUUUUCUGUAACACAAAAAGAUCCUCUGAUUAUUAUGGACGUAAGCCAACUCAGCCAUACUUCACCAAUAGUAUCGAUACAUUUGCAGGACAGCAUUACUGGGAGAUAGAUGUUGGGGAACUGACUUCUUGGGAAUUAGGAAUAGAAAACAAUUUCCUAACAAUGGAGGGCAAUACCUAUGAAAUCUGCAUAGAAGACAGUUAUGAAACACUAAAAUUUACAGGCAGACCUCGCAGGAUUGGCAUUUACCUCAACUGCUCAUCUAAGGAACUCUCCUUCUAUGAUGCAGACAAAAUGAAGCAUAUUGAAACCAUCAGGCUGAGUUCGAUGCCCUCACAGGUGUCGGCAUAUUUUAAAGUUUCUCAAAGCAAUCCAGAUCACACACCACUGACCGUGUGCUGGUACUGUCCACAGUGUCGAACUUCUUUACCAUCACCAGAGGAAGUGAAGUGUUUACCAACCAGCCACAUCCUGAAGAGUCUGGCUGAAAAGGCGAAGGAGGAAACCAAACAGAGCCACGACAGAGCAGAGCAGCCCCAGCAGAGAAGCCCAGACAGCCCCUUCCCCAGCCUCUUCCACCAGCUCUUCCAGGGGAAUCUCGAGGUGUUCCCAGGUCUCUCCAGUGUGUCCUGGGUGGGCCCCGAGGUCUCCUCCAUGCCCGAAACACCUCCCCAAGGAGGCGUCCAGAGGGCCCAGUGGUUGUGUCCAGAUCAUGAUGAGAAGCUGAAACUGUUCUGUGUCACAGAUCAGCAGUUAACAUGUAUCAUAUGCAGAGACGGAGAAAAGCAUGAUGGACACAAGUUUAAACCAGUCAAAGAAGCAGCUGCAUCUUUGAGGAAGGAGCUGGAAACGGGCAUGGAGACCCUUCCUGCUGAUAUCCUUGCAAUUGAAAGCCUUGCCAACAAACAAAGAGAAGAAAUAACAAAAACCAAAGAGCGGUCCCGUCAGCUGAUGUCCCAGAUGCACAAGCAGUUUGAGGAAAUGCACCAAUUCCUCAGAAAGAGAGAAGACGAGAUCAAAAAUGAGCUGAAGAAUCAAGAGGAAGACGCUGUUGAAGAAAUGACCAAGAGGCUGAUUUCAAUGGAAGCAGCGCUGACGGAGAACAGAGAGCUGGAGGUGAAGGGCGCAGCGGUUCUGAAAAUUACUGACCCUGAGAGGUUCCUAAAAAAGUGGACUGAGGGUAACUGCAUGAAGACCCCAGAACAUUUAUUCAGAUCAAGAGCAAACGAUCUGGAUGUGAUUAAUACAUCUCUCUUCCUGGGUCCAUAUGAAAGUCACCUGCAGUUCUUCAUGUGGAAGGAGAUGCUGCAGGUGAUCCAGCCUCGAGCAGAACUGCUGUCUCUGAGAAAUGAUAAUGUUAAUGUGUCUGUGUCUGAUGAUAGACAGGAUCCACCACCAGCCAUGGCUGCAUCUGUUUACGCAGAAGAUCUGACCUGUUCCGUCUGUUUAAGUCUCUUCUCUGAUCCAGUGACUCUCCUCUGUGGUCACUCUUUUUGCAGAAAAUGUAUUACAGAUUCUCUGACCACACAGUGUCCGCUGUGUCAAGUAUCUUUCCCUUCAUCAGACGAAGUGAAGUGUUUACCAACCAGCCACAUGCUGAACACUCUGGCUGAAAAGGCCAAGGAAGCUGCGCACAAAACAAACCCGGACCAAACACAGGAGAGACCAGAGGCCCAGUGGUUGUGUCCAGAUCAUGAUGAGAAGCUGAAACUGUUCUGUGUCACAGAUCAGCAGUUAACCUGUCUCAUAUGCAGAGACGGAGAAAAGCAUGAUGGACACAAGUUUAAACCAGUCAAAGAAGCAGCUGCAUCUUUGAGGAAGGAGCUGGAAAACUGUGUAGAAAAGAUUUCUGCUGAUAUCCUUGCUAUUGAAAGCCUCGCCAACAAACAAAGAGAAGAAAUAACAAAAACCAAAGAGCGAUCCCGUCAGCUGAUGUCCCAGAUGCACAAGCAGUUUGAGGAAAUGCACCAAUUCCUCAGAAAGAGAGAAGACAAGAUCAAAAAUGAGCUGAAGAAUCAAGAAGAAGACGCUGUUAAAGAAAUUAUCAAGAAACUGAGUUCAAUGGAAACAGCGCUGAUGGAGAACAGAGAGCUGAAGGUGAAGUGGAGAGGAGCUCUGAAAACAGACGAGUCUGAGAGGUUCCUAAAAAACUGGACCAAGGGUAAGGACAUGAAGACCCCAGAACCUUCAUUCAGACCAAGAAAAAAUGAUCUGCCUGUGAUAAAUAGGCCUCUCUUCCUGGGUCCAUAUGAAAGUCACCUACAGUUCUUCAUGUGGAAGGAGAUGCUGCAGGUGAUCCAGCCUCAAGCAGAACCGCUGUCUCUGAGAAAUGAUAACGUUAAUGUAUCUGUGUCUGAUGAUAGACGUAGUUUGUAUUGUGCUCCCAAAAACAGCCAGAAUCCGGAAAUUGUCUUUGGACAGUCCUCCUUGAGGACCGCACUCAAUGCCCCCUUCAACUUUUCUAGUCCCAGUGGGUACACUAGACAACCACAGGGUAAAUCCAGUUUCGUAUUUGGCUCACCUGCACUCUCCACUGGUGGUGGGUCUCUUUUUGGAUCUAAAAGCCAUCAUGAUCAAUACCAUGACAGUUUUCCUGCAGUGCCUGAUAAUACAUACAAUGUAUUCAGCACCAAUGUGUUCACUUCAGGACAGUGUUACUGGGAGGUAGAGGUCGGGCAUAGGGACUAUUGGAAACUAGGGAUAAAAGAUUAUUUCUUAAAAUAUGAAAAUAGAAAGUUUGUCACCAGUGCAAACACCAUGCUGACGUUCAAAAACACACCUCGGAAGAUUGGGAUUUACCUGGACUGCUCCUCUAAAAAGCUGAGCUUUUAUGACGCAGACAACAUGACAUGUAUUCACACUAUGAGCUGCAGCUCCAUGUCAGUACCAGUGUCAGCAUAUUUUAACAUCAGAUACAAAGAACCAGAUCAUAACCCACUGACAGUGUGCUGGUACUGAACAGCGGAUAUAGGCUACGUUCUGAUUUUUUUGCCCAUAUGUGACCUGCAGGGUGCGAUUUGUCAAAAAACAGGGAAGGGUGUUUUCUGGGAGGGGGAGUUCAGAGCAGGGGGGUGGUCCAUAACUAACAUAAGUAACACUGGCGUCAAACGAAAGUGAAACUUUACAUACUUUCAAUGUCCAUCUCUCGGGUUCUGUUCCUUCAUUACACAGCAGAUCUUACCCCCCUUUUACGACGCUCCAGUGCAUGGAGACAUUCGCAAAUCUUGAGGCUGCAGACAGUUCAGUUCAGGUGAACAUUAGAGCCACUAAUGUAGGAUAUAGGUGUAAGAAAACUGUCACAACCUGCCUCUCAUUUCAGCUGGUUGGUUGUCCCCCCAGAGGAUGAAAUUCUUUGAGCAG